UCGUUUUCAGCUGCCUUUCAGUGCGGUUCGCAAAAUUAUCACGCGUCGCAGUUAUCAGUGUGCAUUAUCAGGCAGCGUCAGCCAAAAUUCCAGUAUGGAAAGUUCGUCAGAUUGUGAAGAUAUCGGCAAUGAGCUUCGCGGAAAAAUUAAUGGGUCUGCCCUUGCGGCGCCCCACGUGAGUCUGGGCAGUGUGAGAUCGGUGAGUCUGAGCAAGAUGGGCAGCGGAACGCCUCCGAGGGUGAUGGAGAAGUCGUCUCUGAGGCGAAACAGAAGCUACGGAAAUAUGAUGGCAUCCGGAAAUAAGGAGGCGAAGGUCCUCGUCAUCUACACCGGCGGAACAAUUGGGAUGAUGAGGAAUGAGAAAAAAGCACUUGUGCCCAUCCCGAAUGCACUUGUUAAGAACAUUCGUCGCUUUCCGCACAUGCACGACGUGGAAUAUGCGCAGGAGAGAUUCGGAACUGGGGCUGCGAUGGCGCCCCUCGUCCUGCCCUACGUGGAGAAUCUCGAGCGACGAGUUAUUUACACGAUCUCAGAGUAUUCCAAGCUGCUGGAUUCCAGCAAUAUGACGAUCAAUGACUGGGUGCAGAUCGCUGAGGACAUUAGACAAUCCUAUGAAUUUUUUGAUGGAUUUGUCAUUCUUCACGGCACCGAUACACUCUCGUACACCGCAUCCGCCUUAUCUUUCAUGCUGGAGAACCUGGGAAAGACCGUCAUCAUCACAGGCUCGCAAAUCCCUAUCUUCGAGACUCGCACAGAUGGAAAGGAUAAUUUCACAUCUGCUCUCAUCAUUGCGGGGAAUUUUGUGAUUCCUGAAGUGUCAGUCUUCUUCGGAUCGAAACUCUAUCGUGGAAAUCGCACGAUAAAGGUGAGCUCAGCCUCGUUAGAUGCUUUCGACACGCCCAAUGUGCCGUGUUUGGCCAAAGUGGGCAUCAAUGUCGAAGUGGACUUCAGACUCAUCUUCAGGCCGUGCACCGUGAGUCGCUUCUGCGUGCACAGCAAUCUGGACGAGAAUGUGGGCAUUCUGUGGAUUUUCCCCAGCAUCACGACGGCAAUGAUUCGGGCAUUCCUCCAGCCGCCGAUGAAAGGAGUUGUGCUGCAGUCCUUCGGUGCGGGGAAUAUUCCCUCGAAUCGACAGGAUAUGCUGCAGGCGCUUAAGGAUGCGUCGCAGAGUGGCAUGAUCAUCGUGAAUUGCACACAAUGCACGACUGGCUCGGUGUGUGACUUGUACGAGACUGGGCGACUGCUGCAAGACUGCGGCGUAAUCUCUGGCUAUGAUAUGACGCCCGAGGCGGCGCUCACGAAGCUGGCCUACUGCCUGGGCAAGAGUGAGUGGUCGCUGGAGGAGAAGAAGAAGAUGAUGCAGCGGAAUCUGCGCGGCGAGCUGACGGCCGGCAAGUCGCCGGAGAUGCAGGAGUUCGAUUUGGUUGACGCUGUGGCGAGAUCACUGCAUUUGUCCACGCCACAUGAGCUCUCCCAGCUGGGAGCUACGCUCUUCCCCGCCAUGGUGAACACCGCCGUGAAGGCGGGCGAUCUGGCCAAGGUGGAGCUCAUGAAGUCUUAUGGUGCUGAUCUCUCCGGCGUCAACUAUGACUAUCGCACGGCGCUCCAUGUGGCGGCGGCCGAGGGGCGGGAGGAUGUGGUGAAGCACCUCCUGUUGCACGGCGUCACCGUGCACGUGCGCGAUCGUCACGAUCGCACGCCACUCAUGGAGGCCAUCGCGAAUGAUCACCACGAGAUUAUUCGUCUGCUGAUCAAGUGCGGCGCUCAUAUCACGGGAUCGGCUAGAGGAGUGGGUGAAUUCCUGUGCGCCGCCGCGGCCAGAGGCCUGCAGAAGCGCAUGGAGUCGUACCGUCUGGCCGGGGCUGAUCUGUCGCAGCCCGAUCCCUCCGGACGCACGGCCCUGCACGUGGCUGCUCUGCACGGCCACACAACUCUCGUGGAGUAUCUGCUGAGGAACUACGUGGACAGGGACGAGGUGGACCUCCUGGGACUCACGGCGGAGGAUUACGCGAAGCGCGGCGGCCACGAUGAUAUUUGCAGCAUCCUGCAGGGAAAGCCAGUGAAUGGUAACGGAACUGACCACUGA